AUGUCAGAAGAGAUGUUCUACCGCCGCCAGGUGUCACGGCAGCACCUAGAAGUGCUGGCACAGUACAUGGAGCGGUACCCACCCCUGGCACUGGCCAGUGCACGCUCCAGGGAGGGACACAUUCAGUCCAAGAGGAUGUGGGAGAAGAUUGCUCGUACGCUGAAUAGGAUUGACGAGAAUGUUUCAAAAAGUGGCAAGUGCUGGGCGAGAUACUGGAUAGAUUUAAAAUUCAAGAUCAGACGGAAGUAUGCUGUAAUACAAAAAUGUCUGUCUGAGGGCACACACUGUGCUGUCCACCUGAAUCCCCUGGAGGAGCGGAUCAUCAAGAUCCUUACUGACGAGGAGGGGAACCUGCUGCCCACUGCUUCGGUCUACCAUCAAAUGAAGAGUUACCAUCCUCUGCAUUACCCGUUAAAGGAAACGGCGAAAACAAACGGCUUAGAUAUAAAAGAAAGCAUCAACACAAAAAUAGACGACAGUGGAGGCCUCGACACAGCCGACGACCAAUCACAGGACGAUUAUCUAGUGACGUCAUCCCCCAUCACUGAACACAUAGACUUACCUCCCUCAGACAUCAAACCCAACAUAAGUAUAAUGAAACAGGACACAGACCCGAUACAGAUCACAGAAGAGAAGAAACCUAUAGAAGAGUUGAGAAGAGAGUUAGUGGAGUUUGAACUAAAGAAGCAGAAAGAGUUGUUUGAGAUGGAGAAAAAGUUUAAAAGGGAGAAACAUGAGAUGGAGAUGUCCAUUCUGAGGAUUAAGAAGCAGUUGAUGGUAAAAGAGUUGAAGAAGUUAUAGCAGUGAAUUUGAGGACUUGGAUCAAGUUUUUUGAAGAAUAUUCUUUUGCGCAAUGAAGACUUCUAUUGGUUCGCAAUAAGAGUAGUAAAAAGAUUGCGCCAGAAUAACAUUUAUGGCUGUUGGCGAAAGAAAAACAGAGGAUGUUUGCGCAACGAAGAUAUAGGA